AUAUAACUUCACCGAACAAUCUUCAUUUUCAACCAAGGCGAACCAUGGAGAUACACAAAAACACACACAUAUACACACCGCCAAGACCACCUCAAAAAAUGGAUCCGACCCUGUGGAGCAAGCUCCCAGAAGAACUCCUAGAACACAUCCUCUCUUGUCUCCCUUUGAAAACGUUUUUAUACUUGCAAUCAACUUGUAAGCACUUCAAGUCCCUCUCUGUCUCCCCCUCUUUCAUCUCCAAACACUUCUCUUCAUCUUCGUCGUCUUCGACGACGUCGUUUUUGCUACUUUCUCACCCGCAAUUCACGCACCAGUAUUUCCUGUACAACUCGAAUCUGAACUCAUGGCGAGCUCAGGUGCUCUCGCUUUCGUCGCUCUUGCCGGCGUCGGCUACGCUGAUCGCGUCUUCGAAAGGGAUGAUUUGUUUCUGUAAUUUUGGGGGGAAUUGCUUUGUGGUUUGUAAUUUGCUUGCGAGGGAUUUGAGGGUCGUGAAGUUUCCGAAACACCCUUUUGAAUUUGAGUGUUUUAGUAUGGUUUUGGGCUGUGAUGGGUACAAAUUGUUUGUGAUUAGUCAGGAUUCGAGGUGUUGUGUGUAUGUUUACGACUCGAUUAAGCAGGAUUGGGAGAAUUAUGGGUCGCAGUUUGAUGUGAAUUAUCGCACGCAAGGUGUUUGUUUUAAUUCCCGACUGUAUUUUACCACCAGGGUGCCUUUCGGUGUCACGGGGUUCGAUUUCGAGACGGGGAAUUGGGGGAAUUUGAGGGCAGUUUCCCCUAGAGAGCUGAUUUUCGGGCGGUUGGUUGGUAAUGGAGAUGACAAGUUGUGUUUAUUUGGUGGAAUUGGGAAUAAUGGCAUUGCGAGAAGCUUGAAGAUUUGGGAAUUGAGCGAAGGGGGUGCGAGUUGGGUUGAGAUCGGAAGUGUUCCUGAUAUGAUGUGUAGGAAAUUGGUGUCGGUUUGUUUUCACAAUUAUGAGCAUUUGUAUGUGUUUUGGCAUCAAGAGAUGAUUUGUGUUUGUUGUUACUCUUGGCCUGAGGUGUUGUAUUACAAGGUCUCGAGGAGGACUUGGCAUUGGCUACCUAAGUGUCCUUCGAUGCCCGAGAAAUGGAGCUGUGGAUUCAAGUGGUUCUCAUUUGUGCCUCAGCUUCAUCCUUAUGUUUAGUUCUUGUAUCUUCUUAUGUUAUCUUGGCUUAAUUGUAAUGUAAAUUCGAAGGGUUUUCUCCCCUUUGCUGUUGGUGUAUAUGUUUGUGUAUGGUUAUACUGAGAAAUAAAGUUUUUCUUUAGAUGUA